AUGCCAACGAACCGAACACAAGCUAAACAACCUAGAAAUAUAUUCAGGCCGCCUGGACCAGCUCCCAGGGCCAUCUUCCUCCAGUUUACAGUCCGCCUGGAGCAGCUCCCCGGGCCAUCUUCCUCCAGUUUACAGUCCGCCUGGACCAGCUCCCCGGGCCAUCUUCCUCCAGUUUACAGUCCGCCUGGACCAGCUCCCGGGCCAUCUUCCUCCAGUUUACAGUCCGCCUGGAGCAGCUCCCCGGGCCAUCUUCCUCCAGUUUACAGUCCGCCUGGACCAGCUCCCCGGGCCAUCUUCCUCCAGUUUACAGUCCGCCUGGACCAGCUCCCCGGGCCAUCUUCCUCCAGUUUACAGUCCGCCUGGACCAGCUCCCAGGGCCAUCUUCCUCCAGUUUACAGUCCGCCUGGACCAGCUCCCCGGGCCAUCUUACUCCAGUUUACAGUCCGCCUGGACCAGCUCCCCGGGCCAUCUUCCUCCAGUUUACAGUCCGCCUGGACCAGCUCCCCUGGCCAUCUUCCUCCAGUUUACAGUCCGCCUGGACCAGCUCCCCGGGCCAUCUUCCUCCAGUUUACGGUCCGGCUGGACCAGCUCCCCGGGCCAUCUUCCUCCAGUUUACAGUCCGCCUGGACCAGCUCCCAGGGCCAUCUUCCUCCAGUUUACAGUCCGCCUGGACCAGCUCCCAGGGCCAUCUUCCUCCAGUUUACAGUCCGCCUGGACCAGCUCCCAGGGCCAUCUUCCUCCAGUUUACAGUCCGCCUGGACCAGCUCCCAGGGCCAUCUUCCUCCAGUUUACAGUCCGCCUGGACCAGCUCCCCGGGCCAUCUUCCUCCAGUUUACAGUCCGUCUGGACCAGCUCCCCAGGCCAUCUUCCUCCAGUUUACAGUCCGCCUGGACCAGCUCCCCGGGCCAUCUUCCUCCAGUUUACAGUCCGCCUGGACCAGCUCCCCGGGCCAUCUUCCUCCAGUUUACAGUCCGCCUGGACCAGCUCCCAGGGCCGCCACCCUCCAGUUUACAGUCCGCCUGGACCAGCUCCCCGGGCCAUCUUCCUCCAGUUUACAGUCCGCCUGGACCAGCUCCCCGGGCCAUCUUCCUCCAGUUUACAGUCCGCCUGGACCAGCUCCCAGGGCCAUCUUCCUCCAGUUUACAGUCCGCCUGGACCAGCUCCCAGGGCCAUCUUCCUCCAGUUUACAGUCCGCCUGGACCAGCUCCCAGGGCCAUCUUCCUCCAGUUUACAGUCCGCCUGGACCAGCUCCCAGAGGGCCAUCUUCCUCCAGUUUACAGUCCGUCUGGACCAGCUCCCCGGGCCAUCUUCCUCCAGUUUACAGUCCGCCUGGACCAGCUCCCAGGGCCGCCACCCUCCAGUUUACAGUCCGCCUGGACCAGCUCCCCGGGCCAUCUUCCUCCAGUUUACAGUCCGCCUGGACCAGCUCCCAGGGCCAUCUUCCUCCAGUUUACAGUCCGCCUGGACCAGCUCCCAGGGCCAUCUUCCUCCAGUUUACAGUCCGCCUGGACCAGCUCCCAGAGGGCCAUCUUCCUCCAGUUUACAGUCCGUCUGGACCAGCUCCCAGGACCAUCUUCCUCCAGUUUACAGUCCGCCUGGACCAGCUCCCAGGGCCGCCACCCUCCAGUUUACAGUCCGCCUGGACCAGCUCCCCGGGCCAUCUUCCUCCAGUUUACAGUCCGCCUCGACCAGCUCCCCGGGCCAUCUUCCUCCAGUUUACACUCCACCUCGACCAGCUCCCCGGGCCGCCACCCUCCAGUUUACAGUCCGCCUCGACCAGCUCCCCGGGCCAUCUUCCUCCAGUUUACAGUCCGCCUGGACCAGCUCCCAGGGUCAUCUUCCUCCAGUUUACAGUCCGCCUGGACCAGCUCCCAGGGCCAUCUUCCUCCAGUUUACAGUCCGCCUGGACCAGCUCCCAGAGGGCCAUCUUCCUCCAGUUUACAGUCCGUCUGGACCAGCUCCCAGGACCAUCUUCCUCCAGUUUACAGUCCGCCUGGACCAGCUCCCAGGGCCGCCACCCUCCAGUUUACAGUCCGCCUGGACCAGCUCCCCGGGCCAUCUUCCUCCAGUUUACAGUCCGCCUCGACCAGCUCCCCGGGCCAUCUUCCUCCAGUUUACACUCCACCUCGACCAGCUCCCCGGGCCGCCACCCUCCAGUUUACAGUCCGCCUCGACCAGCUCCCCGGGCCAUCUUCCUCCAGUUUACAGUCCGCCUGGACCAGCUCCCCGAGCCAUCUUCCUCCAGUUUACAGUCCGCCUCGACCAGCUCCCAGGGCCAUCUUCCUCCAGUUUACAGUCCCACCUAACUGGGGAUACAUUUUCGGGGGGAUUAUGCCUAAUUGA